CGCACACACACUCCAUACCAGUACACAUAACAUUAUUAGCUACCACUUAUUCACUUCCUCCUUUAUAUCUCAUUUCCCACAUACUUUUCAUCUCACAAUUAUUUCAAUUCCCAUCAUCACUCUGACACACCUCUCCCCUAACUCACUUCCACAAAUGGGACAAAAGAAGUUCAGAGGAGUUCGUCAACGCCACUGGGGUUCCUGGGUUUCCGAAAUACGUCACCCUUUACUGAAGAGAAGGGUGUGGCUAGGGACAUUUGAAACAGCAGAAGAAGCGGCGAGGGCGUACGACGAGGCUGCCAUUCUGAUGAGCGGCCGGAAUGCCAAAACUAAUUUUCCGAUCGUCAAAACGGAGUCAUGUAAUAAAACCGACGGUGGGUCACUACCAUCAUCAUCAUCGUCUUCGGCUACCACUUCUGCUCUUUCAGCAAUGCUAAGUGCGAAGCUUCGCAAAUGUUGCAAGUCGCCGUCGCCGUCACUGACCUGUCUCAGGCUGGAUACAGAGAGUUCGCAUAUUGGGGUGUGGCAGAAAAGGGCGGGAGUUCAUUCAGAUUCUAACUGGGUGAUGACAAUGGAGCUUGGGAAGAACAUGGGGAUCAAUCAGAAGGUCGAAGGAGAAACAGGUGAUACUCCGACGACAAUGGGUGUCCCGGAGACGGUGGCCUCAGCCACCGGAGGCGGAAGGUAUUGUAGUACUAGAAGCAGUGAGGAAGAGGAUAAGAUUGCAUUGCAAAUGAUUGAGGAACUUCUCAACACAAAUUAGCUAGUGGACCUACCUACAUAUAGAAUAAAUAUGACAUAUACUGUAACUAGUCUUCAUUACAUGAACUACUCCGUACCUUUCUUUUCACCCCAUCUGUCGUUAUUAUGGAUAAAAUACAAUCUAUUUUGUCUUUU